AUGAGAACAAGUCCUUUGUUGCUAUAUUUCUUUCUUAUUUUUGUGGUUCGGGUCAAAUCUGACCCUGAUCCACUUCAAGACUAUUGCAUAGCUGAAACACGAAAUCCACAAACUAUUUUUCUCAACGGGGCUCCAUGCAUAAACCCUAUUAACGCCGCACCUUCUCAUUUUACAACUUCUGCGUUGUCCAAACCUGGUAACACUGCAGCGAAUCCUUUAGGGUUUAAUGUUACUCUAACAAAUAUUCGAAAUCUUCCUGGAAUGAACACUCUUGGGUUAACAAUGGCUCGAGUUGAUAUAGCUGGAAAUGGGCUUGUUCCACCUCACACACAUCCACGUGCAUCCGAAGUAACUAUUCUUAUUAAGGGCUCGCUUUUAGUGGGAUUUGUUGACACCUCAAAUCGUCUUUUCACACAACAGUUACGUGAGGGUGAUUCGUUUGUUUUUCCAAAAGGUUUAAUACAUUUCUUGUAUAACCUUGAUUCAAAAGCUUCAGCGUUAACCAUAUCAGGACUUAGUAGCCAAAACCCCGGUGCACAACUUGCAUCAUCUGCUACAUUCACAACGAAACCGAGCAUCCCUGAUGACAUCUUGAAGAAGGCAUUUCAGAUUAACGGCCAAGAUGUGUCCAGGAUACGUAAAAAUUUAGGUGGUUAA